AUGACCAUCCAUUACGUCAACCGCGAGGAGUCCGCGCUGUUCCGUCCCUUGACCAUUUCCAAUGGCGCCCUCACUCUCCGCCACCGGGUCGUUCAUGCCCCUCUCACCCGUAACCGUGGCGUGCCAUUGAACCCUAACAGCACUCCCGAGAAUCCCAAUCGUAUCUGGGUCCCUGGCGAUCUGGUGGUGGAUUAUUACGCCCAGCGCGCCACCGAGGGCGGGUUGAUGAUCUCUGAGGGUAUCCCGCCUUCUCUGGAGCGGGCUGGAAAAGAGUGGUUGAAGGCGUCCACGCUAAGGGGGGGCAUCAUCUUCUGUCAGCUCUGGCACGCCGGUCGCGCCACGAUCCCCCAGAUGACCGGAUCGCCCGCCGUGUGUCCCUCGGCAAGCGUGUGGGACUCGCCCACGGAGCGUUACUCGCACCCCCCUGUGGGCUCCACUGAGCCCGUCCCCUACGCCAAUCACCCGCCGAUCGAGAUGUCGGUUGAGCACAUCAAACAGACAAUCAGGGACUAUUGCAAUGCCGCUAAGACCGCCAUGGAAAUUGGUUUCGAUGGUGUGGAAAUUCACGGGGGCAAUGGCUAUCUGCCUGAACAAUUCCUGAGCUCCAACAUCAACAAACGCAAUGACAGCUAUGGUGGAUCCCCAGAGAAGCGCUGCCAAUUCGUAUUUGAGUUGAUGGCUGAGGUGGCUGCAACGAUCGGCGAGCAGAAUCUGGCCAUUCGGCUCUCGCCCUUUGGUCUGUUCAACCAAGCUCGUGGGGAGCAGAGGCUCGAGACCUGGACUCAUCUGUGCCAAGGUCUGAAGAAGUCUCUGCCGGCUCUGUCGUAUGUUAGUUUCAUCGAACCGCGUUAUGAGCAAAUCUUCGGAGCCGAGGAGAAAGACAAGUUCCUUGAAAGCUGGGGCCUGCUGGACGUGACGCUCGACCGAUUCCGGGAGAUUUUCGGGUCCACUCCCUUCUUUUCCGCUGGGGGUUGGGACGAUAAAAACUCCUGGGGCGUGAUCGAAUCUAACAAAUACGAUGCCCUCCUCUACGGUCGAUACUUCACCUCCAACCCAGAUCUGGUGCACCGGCUGAAGAAAGGCCUGCCUCUGACUGGUUAUGAUCGUUCCCGCUUCUAUGGACCAUUCAAAGAUAACGCCUUCCACUAUACUGACUAUACCAAUGCCGAGAAGCAAUGA